AUGGAUUUCAGAAAAUAUAAAAGCAAUAAUAAUAAUAAUAAUAAUAAUAAUAAUAAUAAUAAUAAUAAUAAUAAUAAUAAUAAUAAUAAUAAUAAUAAUAAUAAUAAUAAUAAUAAUAAUAAUAAUAAUAAUAAUAAUAAUAAUAAUAAUAAUAAUAUUAUUAUUAUUAGUGGUAGUGAGGUGAUUUCAAAUGGUAAUCUUUUAAUAUUUAAUUAUUUAAAUUUAAAUCAUUGUUAUCUCUUCUCUGAAAAGAAAAUUAUAAUUAAACAUUUAAAAGAAUUACUCUCAAUAGCUGUCAAGAAUGACUAUAUUCAUAUAGCUGAGAAUCUUUUUGUUUAUACAAGUUUAACAAGAAAAGAAUUCGAUGAAGCAUUGCUAUUACCAAAUAAUGAUGAAGAUCAUUCAUUAAUAAAAUCAUAUCAUAUUGAUAAUUUCAAAAAGUAA